CUUGGAAGCAACUUUUGCUUCUCCCAGUCCUGUGCUUCUUCAUCAAUCCUCGUGUUCUUCUGCUGUUGGUUGAAGGGCAUCGAACUGCACUUUCUCCAAACCUGCCCUCUACCCUGCUGCAUUCAUCAUCGCUCCCGUCUCUUCUUUAUAAAAUAAUGGUCAAGGUCACGAGAUCCAAGAUGAAGAAGGAAGAUACGAAAGUGACGGCUGUCAAAGCCAAAGAGACCAAAACCAAGGGAUGGAAUACCAUGUCACACCUCUCCAUCAAACGAUUUGCCGAUUCUGAUCCCACGCUCACGGCAGGGGCCAAGCGCGAUCGAGCCAAACACCCCCAUGUGGCCGUGGCCGAGUUGGAUCCCAGUGGGAGGGCCACCUGCAAACUCUGUGGAGACAAAAUCACCAAGUCUACGCUGCGAUUUGGGCUGUUUAUGGAAUGUCACAAGGGGUAUCGCAAUCUUUGUACCUUGCAUCCCGAGUGUUUUUGGAAGCAUCCCGAAACCAAAAAGUUGGAACACGCCAAAGAAAUUCACUGUGCCAAAGAGCUGACGAAGCAACAGAGGGCGGAUGUCGUCGACAGAUUCCAGAAGUCCAAAAAAGAGGACACGAAAACGAGAAAAGAAACAACAACAAAAGAGCAAACAGUAAAGGACGAGGAGGAGGAGGACUAAAUUGUUCAAAAAACACAACCCAACGUCGCAGUUUUUCUUGUGGAACGAGAGCAAAUCGUGCAAUAAUAACUUUCAUUUUUAAGAAACUAUUGUACAUUC